GAUGAAGGGCGGAAGUUGAGUUUGGGGCCCAAGCAGCAGUCAUGGCGCUGGAAAAGGAAGAUAUUAGAGAUUACAAUCUGACUGAGGAGCAGAAGGCGAUCAAGGCCAAGUAUCCUCCAGUCAAUCGGAAGUACGAGUAUUUGGAUCAUACAGCUGAUGUCCAGUUACACGCAUGGGGAGAUACUCUGGAGGAAGCAUUUGAGCAAUGUGCAAUGGCCAUGUUUGGUUAUAUGACAGAUACUGGGACAGUGGAGCCCCUCCAAGCAACAGAAGUAGAAACCCAAGGAGAUGACUUACAGUCUCUUCUGUUUCACUUUUUGGAUGAAUGGCUUUAUAAAUUCAGUGCUGAUGAAUUCUUCGUAGCCCGGGAAGUAAAAGUACUUAAUAUUGAUCAAAGAAAUUUCAAAUUACGGUCAAUUGGGUGGGGAGAAAAAUUCUCAUUGUCCAAGCACCCUCAGGGAACUGAAGUCAAAGCAAUAACAUAUUCAGCAAUGCAGGUCUAUGAUGAAGAGAAGCCAGAAGUUUUUGUGAUCAUUGACAUUUAAGACACACACAAAAAAGAGACUCCCUAUAAAGAACUGUUUUUUCUCUUCCUUUUGAGAAGAUACCAUGAUAUAAAUUCUACAGUAUCUGUUAAUAUAUGGAGAUUUGCAGAACAGAAAUUUUUAACUUAAAGUGUGACUUUCAGAAAUGGAAAAUCUAGGUACAGUCUUGAUCUGUGUUAUCCAAAUAUUCAAAGUUUAAAGAAACCUUUAGGUGGCAAGUAUGGUUCCUCAUUUGUUAAUUCCCUGCUGUAGCAGCAGGUGCCUUACACCCUUCCCAUGGAAUGCCAGCCCUCCAGCCUGGUCCCAGAAAGGAUCAUUAAUCUAAGAGCAGCCUGAGAGACUCUGAAGCCCCCGUGUUCUUACUGAAUGCAGCUCGAAAAAAAAAGAAAUUUGAGGAAUCCUACAACCAGGAUUUUGCUUUUCUUCCAAAUCGGUUAACACAUAUAUUUUCUAUACAUACAUGAAAAGGGGUCGUUGUAGAUUGCUGUGGGAAAGAGCCAUCCUGUAUUCCAGUUGGUUUUCUCAGAUGAAACAAUUAUAGUUGAACAAUUGGAAGGCUUCUCUAGAAAGAGCCCUGAUUUACUGUUCUCACUUUUUUUAAGCACUGAAGUAUUGACACUUUCCUGUUUUCCCAUAAGAAAAAUUUGAUGCAUGUACAAAUGGGCCCUUCUUUCUAACAUAUAAUUUUAUAUUAAAGCCAUUAUAUUUAGAGAAGAAAA